UGUCUCGGUUGCUUCUCGGUCAAGCGAGCGUCGAACGCGAGCGGUUCGCUGUUCUCUGCUUCCCUGCUGCUCUGUACUUUUACCGAGCGAACCUGAACCCCUGGCAUCGCACGCGACGCCGGCUGAUUACACGGUCAGUAAUGAAAGCGUCCUCCUCGCGCGCGGAGGUGCUGUCAUGUAGCCGCGAACCACCGUACCGCCUGUCCCUGUCCUUUUUUACGCCGGCAAACGUUCCUGUCAGUGAAAACGGUUUACGUCUGCAGACUAGUAGCGUGAUCGCCGAUUAAUACUCUUGGACCUCGCUCGCCGGUCCAAAGCUUCGAAUUAACAUCAAACGCGAGUUAUGAAUGUGAUUGUGCAUCUCGUCCUCCAGGUGAUCACAUAUCAACUUGUAAGAUGUCAAGGAGGUGGACCAAGCACCUUUGGAUAUGACGCAUCCUCGGCUUGCAGUAAACCAUAUUCUAGAGCUGGUCGCGCAAGAUUGGUAAAUCUUCCUUGUGAUUUUCGACAGCAAAACUGGUGUGCAGUAGCUGGUAGCUCUUAUCCCUGGCAUGCGGUUCGUCGUUUCGUGCAAGAAAACAAAGGAUUAAUGAGGCGCAUGUAUGGCGAUGAAAGGCAUAUCAAUGUAUUAAGAGCCGAAUUCGAGAGAAAUGACAUUGAGUUAAACUACGACGAUUAUUACCAGCAUUUUGCUGACGAUCAUAGAAAAUAUCAGUAUAUGCACGACUACGACUAUUUCGAGUCAGAAGACGAUUUGAAACUAAAUGGCAACGAGUUCGAGGGACGAAGCUUUACAAGCAGAUCCUUCAAUGACAAUGCCGCGAAACGGAUAAACAAAUUUCCAAAAUUAAGCGAAUACACGAGGCCUCAUUUUCGACCAACCGAGAAGACUACUACUUCAACUUCGACAACGACCACUAGCACAACCACAGCAUCCACGACUACCGCCUCUUUCACCAAGGAAAAAAUAUCAUCGACGAUAACGUCAACUGCUUCGCCUACCCGUGAAACAACCACUCAAUCCACGCCUUCGAUAACGAGUUUAGUAGUAAAUAGGACAAAUGAAGAAAAAGGAAACUCCGCGGACGAGGUGACGACGUCGCCUGUUGCGACAAGCUCUUACGCCGUGAAAGAGCAAAAUUUCAGCAUCAACGAAAUUCUCGAGCAGAUAGACAGAGUCGACGAGGUUGUGGAAGAAGCUGGCGAAGUCGCAGAGGUCUCUGAAUCUAGCCUCGAGGAAACGUCGACGGUAAAUUUGUCGGACACCACCGAUUUUCCGGAUGAAAUCGAUGGCAGCGAGAGUCUAUUUGCGACGCCGAAAGGAACAACUGUUCAGGACGAGACGUUGAGUUCGAUCGACGAACAAGAGUUCAGGCCACGACCGGAAUAUCGACCUGCCAUUAAGCCGGAAGCUUCGACUAUGGGAGGACAGUUGUAUCAGGACGCCGCCGCGAAAGAUCAACAGGAACAACCGGUUUUGAAGCUUCGAGGAGUAAAUGCUUGUCCCGUAAAAGAGGAAGUGGUUGCGCCAUUUUGGGCGAAUAAUACUAGAGGCGAGGUAUUGGCACUUUUGAAUCUUUAUCCGUUCGAGCAAUACGUUCACUGGGAAAAAUGCACACACGAAAACAAGCAGAUGUACUGUCGAGAUGGAUGCAGAUGCGAACAACAAUACAGACUUCAUCGGUUGUUAGCUUACGAUCCGAACAACGAGUGUCGUGGGAUCUUCAGCGAUUGGUUUAAGUUCCCAAGUUGUUGUGUUUGUCGCUGUUACGACUUACCUCUUGAAUUUCGCGUAACAUCGCGUUCGCCUCGCACGCAGAAACAACGAAUUAAGGUACGACCGCCGCAAACUCGUUAGAUAUAUUCAAAGAAACAAAUUUUGUUUCGUCGAUGUAAUCCAUUCUCGGUGUAAUACGAAAAUAUAGCCUGUCACUCUCUUUGAUACAUGUUAAAGAGAGUAUAGUGAAUUUUACUUCUUCUAAUUAUAAUACUGUUAUAUAUAAAAGAAUUAUCAAAAUUUAUUUACUAGAAAAAGUAAACUGUAUGACGUCACAAAUGUGAAAAGACCUUGACAACAAAAAGAUAAUUACUUUCUAAGUCACUUGUUCCGAAUGCCUCGUUAUUUUAUUACAUCGUAAAAGGGUUGAAGCAAUUUAAGUAAAAACGGCGGCCUAUUAAAUAUUAGGAAAGAACUUUUCACUAUUUCCAUCGCUAGUUUAACAUGUAUAUUGAACAUUUUGUAAAUAAUUCCAUUAUCAAAUUUCAUACCUUAUUUUGAUGAAGGAUUUCAACACAUAGGAUGAGAUAUAAUUUGUCAAUGCGAUUAAAAGGGAGAUAAUCUUUCAUGCAGAAAGAAAUAAAGUUUUAAUGAAAACAUGAGUAAUUGAAAAAAUUAAUUGAUUUACUUAGUCUAUAUCGUUAUCAACAGUUAUGAACACUAAUGUAACGUUCAUCCUUUGUACUGCUUCGAUGCAGUUACAACGACAUUGCUAAUAUGAAAAUUAUCUUUGUAUGUUUCUCACGACAAAUUGGGAAAAGAAAGGACAUUAAUAUACAAAUUAAUUUGCAAAUAUUUAUAACAUUUUUCUUCACGAAAUGUGAUCCUUGACUCCAAAAAGCUUUGUUAUAGAAGUACUGGGCUUUCUAGUCGAUUAUAUCAUAAAAAUUUUUGCAGUGCGAAGGAUUAAAUUAAAUUACAUCAAAUCGUAUGUGUAUCAAGUAAAUUUUCAAAAUAUUUUUUCGUAAAAAUGAAACAGUACAAAAAUAUAUUCUUUUUGCAUGAAGAAUUUCGUUCUCUUUCAUUUUACUACAAUUUACACUGUUAUUGUUAUUUCAUGUAACAAAAAGCAUACUACCGUAGAAAUUGAAAGAAUAUGCAUUAAUGUAUAUGGUUUGAAAAUUUACGAAAAUUUAAUGGCUCCAGGCUAGUCAAGAAAUUUAGUCUUUGUUAUUGUUAUUUAUCACAAGAAAGAAAUUCUCUCUUAUACAAUUCAUUUGCCAUAGCCAUUUAAUGUUAUGUUACUUGAAAUAUAUGUAGUUUAAUGUAAAUAUAAACGAUUGAAAUGAAAAAAUGUAAUCCACGAAAAAAUAUUAUCAACACAAUAUAUAUUAUCAUUCCUUUUAAUUGUUUUACAAUAAACCUCAAUUGUCGUAAAUAUCAAUCGACACGAUUGAUAGAUGUAUUACAUUAUGUAUAUUAUGUUUCUAUAGAUAUUUACACGUAAAAGUCACUCAAAAACUCGCUUAAGCAACGAUAAUUUAUAAGAAGAUACGAUAUAUAUACAGUGAAAUGUCUAAAAGUAAAAAAAAAUAUUAGUCUUGGUACUAUACACUUGAAACUGAAUUUUCUUUUAAACGUCUUAAGAAAAUACAAUAUUUACUUUAGGUUUCUAGUAAAUUGGCAAUCUUGUGUUUUGAAAGAUUCUUCCUAUACGUGACACGAAAGUUUAAUUGUAUUUGUAUGUCUUACAAUAACAUGUAUAUACAACUUGGAAAGAAAUUAGUAGAUUCUUUCUAUCAACAUUUUACUGAACAUUAUUCUUCAGAAGGAACGAAAAAAAUGUCUUUAAAGAUUUUGCAAGAUAUACAUGUAUUAUUAUUAAUCAAUAUUUAGAAACUAUAUAUCUGUUACUUGUUACCGUUAAUUUUAUUAUUACUUAAUCAUUUUAAAAAGUACUUUCAGAUCGAACACAAAUAUUUAAGAAGAAUUUCUUUACCGAUGAUUUAUAAACCACCUCUUUCCAUAUCUUAUUUUAUAAAAUAUACAUGCAACGGUGAUUGUUAUCAUAAGUAAGAAUCAAAAUUUAUGUUAAUGUUUCAUCAUUUAUAAAUUGUAAUGUAAUUUUAAAAUUCCUGUAAUGUUUCGAAAACUUUGGAAAUUAAUGUAAUGCUACUGAAAACUGUCGGCCAUCUAAAAUACUACGUUAAAAUGCAUAAAUUUUCAAAACAUUUUUACGUAAGUAAAGUAACAAAUAACGUGGAUUAAAACACACAUAUGCUGUUCAAAUUAAAUUCAUAUUGCCACAGUUAAACAACGCUCUAAACGCUAAUAUGUAACAUUCUGGUUAAAAUAUCAAAAUUAUUUAUAGUAAAAAUAAUUAAAGAAUAAUAAGUGAAAUACAAAUUAGUAUAACACGAAUAGUACAUCGAUAUAAGUAUUAUGAUACUUUCUGUUUCAAUAUUACAAAAAGUGGACGAAAGCAGAUUACCAUUAAGUGAAAUGUUUUAUUAUUCUAUGAAUUAAUUUUUCAUUCAGUGAAUUCUGUAACAAUUCUUUUAUUAAAAUUGUAUAUGUUCAGUAUAAUGUUUCUCUUUAUAGUAUUGUUUAAAGCGUUUUCGUCCCAAUAAAAAAAAUAAUUAAUUACAUAAAAACACUUCGAGAUAGAAGCAAGUACACAUAAACACAUUUAUCUUAUAUGUAUACAUAGUAUUGUAUUUAAUUAAUUUAUUCGUUAUUAUAAUUGUAUCGGUUUUAAUGCCUAUAUUAUAGUAACUUUAAGGCUUAUUUAAGAUGUUUGUUAGACAAUUUGUUGCAAGAUACUAUAAAAAGAUAAGGCUCGUGAAUAAAGCUAUAUAAGCCAUGUUUUCGUUGUGUUUGUCGUUAAUUAAUUUCGAGUACUAGAUAUUACAUACCUGAUCUUAGAUUAUAUACAUUCGUAACAUGUAACAAACAAUGGUAAUGGAGCUUUGAAAUGCAAAAGUUUUGUAAUACUAAAUCAUAUAACAUUGUUACCCGUAAUUGUUAACAUCCAGUUAAGAAUGUAACUAUUUAUUUAGCAAGUAAUUGCAUGUUUUAUACCAAAAGAUUAAUGUAAAAAGCUUUUCAUUCGUUGAUUUUGUAACCAUCGUAAGAAAUCUGGGUCGACGUGAUUAUGUAUGCAUCGAUAUUAAUUUACAAUAAAGAAUAAAUACAUUAUAAUAUGA